ACUUUUGUUAUGAAAACGCGUUCGUCGUCGGUUUGGUGUUUUGUUUCAUUGGGGCUUCCGUAAAACUAAAGGCGCGAGUUCAGCUGCAGUACAGCACGGUCCUUAUAUUUACCUCAUCAGAAAAUGUGUUCACUCAGCCUGUUCCCGGUGCCCGUGACCGCCGGACUGACGCUGCGCGAGCACAACAACGAGCUCGUGCCCGGACAGCCCGACACACAGUGGUCGGAUCUCCCCAGCCCUCAGUUCACCAGAGACACUCUGAAGGGUCACAGUCGUCCCGAGAGCAGCAGUAAAUCAGCCUUCCUGGACCAGAGAGACACGCUGUGGAUGAGGAGCGCCGGAGCCUGGCGAGAUGCGGGUCUGUACGGUCUUCUGGAUGAGAUCACUAACAGUGCUGAGGAAGUGCCCAGGUUCCUGUCGGUCAGCUCGGCCUGUCUGCUGGCUCUGCUCAGAUGGGCGUCUUCAUUUCACGGCUCUCUGUUUCCUCAUCUGACCCUGAGCAGCGAUGAGAUGGUGGCAGAGUUUUCACAGAUGCUGGAUUGGUCUGACGGCGCUCUCAGGAGCUUCGCUUGGCAUCCCCACACAGAUAAGUUCGCUGUGGCGUUACUGGACGACUCCAUCAAGAUCUACAAAUCCCACAGCUCCACGAGCCCGACGCUGAAGCACCGCUGUCAGAGGUCUGUCUGUGCGCUGCAGUGGAAGCCUCUGUGCGGCUCCGCUCUCGCCGUGGCCUGUCAGUCCUGUCUGCUCAUCUGGCACGUGGACCCGACCUCACUCUCCACCAGGCCGUCGUCCGGCUGUGCGCAGGUCUUGUCUCAUCCGGGUCAUUCUCCCAUCACAUCCAUCGCCUGGUCCCCUACCGGCUCUCUGCUCGUGUCUGCAUCCCCUGUCGACACAGCCAUGAUGGUGUGGGACGUGGCAGCCGAGAGCUGUGUGCCGCUGCAGCGGGUGGGCGGCGGUGGCGUCACAUAUCUCUCCUGGUCUCCAGACGGCAGCCGACUGCUGGCCGCCACACCGUCCGCCCUCUUCAGGGUUUGGGAGACGCGCAUGUGGACCUGUGAGAGAUGGCCGUGUCUGAAAGGCAGCUGUCAGUCGGCCUGCUGGAGUCCUGACGGAGGAUGUCUGCUGUUGAGCAUUCAGGGAGAGAGGCUUAUAUACGCGCUCACCUUCUCUGACCUCACAGGUGGUCCUAAAGCCGCCACAGUUGUAGCCGAUCUCUCCGAGACCAGCUUCCCUGGACCUGACGGAGAACUCAUUGUUGGGGGAGAGGUGUGCUCGCUGUCAUGGGAUCCAAGAGGGGAAAGACUUGCCGUGCUUCUGAAAGGUGACUCUCUGGCCGUUAAUCACCCGUCAGUCAUAGCCGUAUUUAAAACGCGCUCCGUUCCUGUCUUUGAGCUGCUGCCAUGUGGUUUUGUGAUGGGAGAGGCUGGAGCAGAACCCAGAUUCAUGCAGUUCCACCCGCACUUCCAGCACGGCGCUCUGCUUACCGUGUGCUGGUCUGAUGGGCGAAUCUCUCACGUGCCAUUCUACUUCAGCAGCGCUGGGCUUUCAGGAGAGUCACAGCAGAAACCCCUCGCCAGCAACACAAUCGACACUUCCACCAACAAACUGUACACUGAGCUUAUAUCCUGAACACCUUCACUGCGCUCAACCAUUAGCUGCAAAGCCAGUCCCCUUCACCUGUCAACUCUCUACUGUCAUAAUAAAUUAUUUUUGCAGCAUA